AUGGUUAGAGUGUGUGUAGUUGGUUGUCUGCACGGUGAGUUGGACAAGGUGUACGCGGACAUCGAGUCGAUGGAUCAGCAGACAGGCAAGAAGACCCAACUUGUUCUUUGCUGUGGCGACUUCCAGUCAGUUCGCAACCCAGCUGAUCUCCACGCGAUGUCCGUCCCUCCGAAGUACUAUCAAAUGGGCGAUUUCUAUAGGUAUUACUCCGAGGAAAUGACCGCUCCGAUUCCAACAGUCUUUGUUGGAGGAAAUCACGAGGCCUCCAGCUACCUCCAGGAGCUUCCCUACGGUGGAUGGGUCGCACCCAACAUCUGGUACAUGGGCUACGCCGGUGUCGUUCAGUUUGCCGGUCUGCGUAUCGCAGGCCUUUCGGGAAUUUACAAACUCCACGACUACUCCCUCGGACACUUUGAGCACCCGCCUUACACGGACUCUACCAAGCGCUCCGUCUACCACGUUCGCAAUCUCGAGGUGUUCCGGCUAGGCCAAUUGAAUCGUCGUGUUGACAUAAUGCUGAGUCACGAUUGGCCCAGAGGCAUCUACCACUACGGUGACAAGAAGGGCCUGCUGUCGAGGAAGCGGCAUUUCAAAGAGGAAGUGGCAUCCAACACUCUUGGAAGUCCGCCUGCUGAACAGCUGCUCUGUCGUCUACGACCUCGAUUCUGGUUUGCUGCGCACCUCCACUGCAAGUUUGCCGCCGUUGUGGAGCAUCAAGAUCGAAGGGGUCGUCACACGAAGUUCCUUGCGUUGGACAAAUGCCUUCCUUCGCGAGACUACCUCCAGUUCCUUGACAUUGAGCCCGAUCCGUCCUACGCGACCUUCACGGAAGAAGGUCGCAUUGAAGAUGGCGAUGACCACGAGGCUCCGGUCAUCGUCAGUCUACCGUCGAAGACAACGGACGAUGACGACAACGACGAACCAGCCUUAACGCUGGACCCAGAGUGGAUGUGCAUUCUGCGCUCGACCAACGAGUUCCUCUCGCUCACCCAGAUACCGUGCAUGCUUCCCGGACAGAAUGGCACAGACGUACAGUCGUACGCCGCCUCCGUCGCCGACAUGGAAUCCCUCUGGGACCCCUUUAUGGGGGUUUUCCGAAUUCCCCAGAAUUUUGAACGAACUGCGCCCGCCUACAAACCAGACGACACCACCCUGCACAACAAGCGUCGCCAACAGCUUGCUGCGCUCGCUCUGAAGGACGCGCAAGCCCAGAAGCAGCCCUUCUUCUCUAAUCCCCAGACCGAGUUGUUGUGUGCGAUGCUCGAACUGACCAAUCCCAACGCUGCGCUGAUGGGCAAGGAGUCGUACAACGUCGUGGAGUUGGCCAGUCGCACGCUGGCCGACGAAGACGAUGACGACGACGAUGCUGUUCGGUCUGAGGACGAUGGCCCCACGUCGACGCCAACCGCCGAAUACGAACCGAGUCCGCCAAAGUCUGGACGGGUGGUUCCUAAUCCGGAAGAAAUCGAUUUGGGUGAACUGGAUGAUGAUGGCGAUCCGAUUGCAGGACAAACAGGAGCGGCUGGUGCCCACGAAGCUGACAAUGAGUAUAACCCGGAGUUGGUUGUGAGUAACCCCGGCCAGGUCUUUGAAGACGUCAAGGAAGUUUACGUCCCCACAGACGACCUUCAGGAGGCUGAAGGAGCAGAAACUGUCGAAUACAACCCGCAACCAGUGGUCAAAAAUCCCGAGGUAAUCGACAUCGACUAUCUGGACGACGUCGACGAGGAAGCGAGCUGUCCAGAGACCUACGAGCCCUACCCCUUGGUAGGCGACAAUCAGGUGUCCUACAAUCCCGAACCCUUUAGCGGAGAAAUCGUGAACCCAGGCAACGAGUAUACUCCCUAG